GCCGUCGUGUGUCGUGUGUGUGUCUGUGUGUGUGACCUUCAUUGGUGCUGCCUCCCCUCGCAGCACUUGCCCCUACCAAGCGACUGUUGAAGGAACGCCUCGGCGAUGGCCUCCUGCGCGCUCUCCCGGGCGAGCUCCGUCGCUCUCGCCGCCUCUCGGGCCGCGGGGGCCUCGGCCUCGGCGGCCUCGAGGGCCUCUCGGGCCCCGGGGGCCGCGAGGGUCGGGCCCCUGCUGCUGGGAGCGGGGGCCCGGAGGGGCCUCGCGGCGGGACCCGGGGUUCAGGAUGGGGAGAAGGUGACGCACACGGGCCAGGUGUACGAUGAGAAGGACUAUCGGCGCGUGCGCUUCGUGGGGCGACAGAAGGAGAUAAACGAGCAGUUUGCCGUGGACAUGAUCGCCGCGGAGCCGGUGCGGGAGGUGGCGACGCGCGUCACUCACUGUGAUGGCGGCGGCGGAGCCCUGGGCCACCCGCGUGUCUACAUCAACCUGGACAACAACGACAAGGAGGGCGUGUGCGGAUACUGUGGCCUCCGUUUCCGGCAGGCUCACCACCACCACCACUGACCCCCCCCCCCUCCCUCCGGCGCUCGCGAGCCUCCGCGGCGUCCGUCCGGCGCCCCCUCCCCCGUCCCCUGAAGCAGCUUCGGCCUCGUUGGCGACCGUUCCGUGGUAGCGAGUCUCGCCGGGAGUGUCGCCCGGCUGGGCGCGCCACGGCCAUUCGCUCGAGUUUUUAACACGCAGCGGCAGGCUUUCGGCGACCGGUGUCACCCGCGAGAGAGUUGUUUUGUUGCGUUUUAGAGUGCCUGGAUGUAAAUGUGCCGUUAAACCCGCCACCACCCAACGCAGCUAAUUAACUCCGCACCUCCGAUUUGGGACUGUUGGCUGCAUGCGGUGCGAAAGAAGUUAAAACAUGCAUACGUAAAUACACUGGAGAUGGUGUCAGUAGUGUCAGCCGUGAGCGUCUGUUGACUGUUACCCGAAUGGUUGGAACGGGAGUGCGGGCAGUACAAAUGUGACGGGCGGUCCGGACAGCAGCACAAACGAGACAAAUCCGAACAAAAAGAACACGUCCCUAAAACCGAAUCACGAUCCUGACAGUCCUUUUAAGCGUGCCGCGCAGCGUGACGUGACUUCCUGUGACGUCACUUCCU